AUGAAUUAAAAAACUUUCAGUGAAUAACAAUUUAGUUGUUAAAGAAUAAUCAUAAAUGGUAAUCUUUAUUUAUACUCUAGCUAUAAAAAAGAAGAUUCAACUAAAAUAAGGUAGAUUAUAUGAGAGAAUGUAGUUUUAUUACAAAAAGUUUAAAAUUGUCAAAAUAAUAGAAUUAGAUAUCGUAAAUAAGUAUUUAUGAUAGCUAAUAUCAAGGUUGACCGGUGAAAAAUCUGCCUAUCAAUUUUUAAAAACUUUAUCAAUUUUAGAACUAUAUGGAAUUAACUUUAUAAUUUUCGAACUUUAUUAUUCAGUUAAUAAUAAUUUUAUAAUAGCAUUUUGA